GAGCCGCCGCAGUGAGGCCGCGCGGGCGAGGCGGCGGCGGCCGUUGCCAUGGCAGCGCUGCCCCGGGCCGGGGCCUGAGCGGAGGGGCGGGGGCGCCCCGGGCCGGGCCCGGCAGGGGCGGGGAGGGGGUUAAAGCGGGCGGGCGGCGCCGCGGGGGUCGCCGCCGGGGGCAGCCCGCAGGCGGGUGUGAGGAUGAGCCACGGCGGGGGCCGAGGGCCGUGCUCCGAGCGCGCAGGGAGGCUGCGGAGGUGAAGCCUCUGCUCCCUCGCCGGGCGGGAUGGAGACUCUUGGCGCUGCAGAGGACGUGUUUUAUGAGGAGGAGGAGGAGGUGAACUGCUACGACUUUGAGCCUCUGCCGACGCUGCUGGAGGAUGAGGAGAAUGUGUCCCUUGCUGAUAUUUUGUCGCUGCGGGAUAGCUGUCUUACUGAGCAGGAUAUUUGGGCAAUUUGCCUGGAGUGUUGCCAUUCUUUGAAGAGCAUUGCCCAUUCUGCAAUCUUCCAGACACUCUGCAUCACUCCUGACACUUUGGCUUUUAACACCAAUGGCAAUGUAUGCUUCAUGGAACAGCUCAGUGAUGAUCCAGAAGGUGCCUUUGUUCCACCAGAAUUUGAUAUCACCGGUAACACUUUUGAGGCACACAUCUAUUCUUUGGGUGCAACACUGAAAGCAGCAAUAGAAUAUAUUCUAGAACCUGAGACAGAAUCAGAAUUUGGACAAGAUCUGCACACUCUACUGGAGCAAAUGCAAGAAGAGAAUCCUGAAAAUAGGCCGGAUAUUGAGAGCAUUUUGUCAUUAUGUGAAGAAAAAAUGAAGAUUGCUUCAUCAAGUAAUAUUUGUCGAAGCUUGUCUGCUGUUGGAAGAAGAGUUCUUUCAAUUGAAUCAUUUGGUGCUCCUCAAGAUGUCUGUGAUAACAUGUGGAAGGGAAGAAUGUGUCAGAGGAGUUUGGGAUCUAAAUUAUAUUCAAAUGAGAAAAACAACAUUGCAGGUGAUUCGUCUGCAGUGGAAGAGGUGACGACUGCCUGUCAUAACAACUCUUCUGUAGUUACCAUGGUGACUGGCAGAGAAAGUGGUUUAAAGGAAAUGCAAAUUGAUCUGAAUAAUGAGAAAACUCAACAUUCACAACUUGCAACUCAAACUGAAAAGAGCAAAGAAGAGGACAAACACACAGUGUAUACUGACAGUUUUGCUAGUGUUGCUUUGGAUAUAAAAUCAUGUGUUAUUGACCUGGAGAGAGAUUGCCUUUUUAAGAAAGGUUCUUUGAGAAAAAUGAAAACCUUUCCAAAGCUAUCCCUUGAACUUGCAGAUACAAAUAACUUUUUUACUUCUGUAACCAACAGUGGACCACUAGAUAGGAAAAAUCACUUUAUAACACAAGAGUCACUACCUCUAGACAAUAAUAAUGAGGUUGCUUUUUCAAAGGGGAAUCUCAAUUCGUUUGCUGUCAGUAGUCCACCAGAAAUAGAAUCAAAGAAUCACCAAGUUGAUGAUCAUCAUUUAGAAGCACCAUGUGUAUGCACACAAGUGUCUGGCUUGAAUCUAGAAGAACAUGUGCCACUUAUCAAUGGGAAAAAGAUAGGUUUUUCUUCAUUUGAUCACAAAGAAGACUCUUCUGGUGCUACCUCUGAAGUGCUAAAACCAGCUGAUAUGCUGAAAGGCCCAAAUCAGUCAAUUACUGGAGCAAAAAUGCUAGACAACUACAUGGUGUUGGAAGACUGUUCUGAAACUUUUCAAGGGUCAAAUGAAAAUUAUGUACCACAUUUUAACAAGAUGGAUUCAGUAUUAACAACAAAACCCAGUGGGAACAGACAUGGAUCAAACCUAAUUAGGCCACCAGAAUUAAGCAACGGUGUAAUGAGUGCAAACAAUAAUGAAGAUAAUCUUUGUGGAGGCAGAGGUUCAGAAAUCAAAAGUAAUGAGCAGUGGAUCUCUCUAAAACUCCUGUUGUCCUGGUAUGGUAGGCCUCUGAAAGACUAUGAACUCUGGGCAUUAUGUCAUGAGUGUUUAUGUACUCUGCAGACUUGCAUAGAUUAUCCAGUGGUCUUAUGUUUGGACUCUGUGCUGAUUGACUGCCAUGGAAGGAUCCUCUUUGCUGCUCCAACAGCUAAAGAAUCUUGUGAUGUAUUUUAUUUAGCUCCUGAAAUUGAAGAAGAGGAUGUGGAUACUGAGAAGGUCUGUGUUUAUGGUGUUGCUGCAGUUCUGUGGAUGGCAGCAAAAUACAGUGUUCCACUGAGUCAUAAAGUAGUAUUGCCAAGAAAAUUUAAAAAACUACUUCUGGAUAUGGCAAGAAAAAACCCUGAAGAAAGACCUUCUCUAACUGCUGCAAUUAAGACAUGCAAUCAUUAUUUACUUGAACAAGGUAUAAACAGCAAAAAUAUUUUGACAUUAUUGGGUAAACCCAUCUUUAAGGCUGUUGGGGAAGAAGUCUUGUCUGAAGAUCGUGUCUCUUUUGAAUUUAAAAAUGAGAAAUAUGAAAUGGACCCUUCAGAGUCAAGUCUGGGAUUUGUGCCUUUUACCAGUGAAAGUAAACUUGUAGCAGUUAAAGGACCAGUACCAUGCCAGAUUUCACUAAAUUGUGAGAAAGCAACAUUACCUGUUGCAUUCACCUCUCCUGCAACUCAUUUUAAGCCUAUUAUUUUGCAACAAGAUGCAAAUAUAACAAAAGAGGUUCAAACACCAGUUUCUGACCAAUUCAAGAAAGAGACAAGGAAAGAAAAACAUAUGAACAACAACAAAUCAGGGUAUAUAGAAGACUUCAAAAGCUGUGGUAUUGAGGAUACAGGUGUUAUUGAAACUGUUCCUGAAACACCCGAGUGUCAUUUACAAGUUCCAAGCCACUCAUUCCAGAUGUCUUCAGAAGAGCAAAACUCAGGCAGUAUGUUUGCUUCUACAGUUACGUUACCGUCACCACCUGAUUCCUCACAUGCUCUACAAGAGAAGAGCAUUUUGUCUGAAGAUCCCUCCAGCUCUUUAGCUUGUCCUACAUCUUCUAAUUUUCUUCAUAUAAAUAACAUCAUUCUCAAACAGAACUCAGAGAAAAGAGUUCUGACAUUUGUACCAGUACAUUUGGCUGUAUCAGAGCAAAUACCAAAUAAGCCUCUUCGCUCAAGAAUUGCUUAUGAUUGCUAUCACAGUUUGCCAGUGCUACUUUCAAGUACUAUUGCAAGUUGUAAAAUGAGCAUGCAAGCAGAAAAUGAUGCCUCCCUUUGCAAUGUGCAAAGUCAUGAGACUACUAAUACAGAGAACCAGUUUGAUAAAAGAAGCCCAGUUAUUCAAACUGACUGCCAAGAAACUGAGUGUGCUACCAGCAUAGACAGUUUUUUCACUGAAGAAGAACACACACCAUCUACUUCAGUGAGUAGAGACAGUUACAGUUUCUUCAGUGAUGAAGUCCUGCCCCAUCAGAACACAAGUGACACUUCACUACAGGAAGUGAUUCAUCUUAUACAAGAGGAGUUUGCAUUUGAUGGUUAUUUAGAGAGUGGAGCUGAAGUUUUUGAUAUGGGCAACUUCAUUUUAAACUUAAAGGGAAUUAAGUUUGGUAUGUUCUCCGAUAGAAUUUGUGAGAAGUUUUGUGACCUCUACUGGGAUGAAAAGUUACUGGAGAAUCUCUAUCAGGUAGUAAAUGGAGGAAGAUCUUCACAUUUAUGCAUAACUGAGGCAGAUGAAGCAAAAUGCAACAAUAUAUUCCAAGACGUGAAGAAAUCUGAAAGCUUUUUGGCAAGCAGUGAUCAGACAGAGGGAAAAGGAGAAGCAGACUUUAAUGUGAAGGCUGAGCCUGUUAUAAAAACAUCAUUAGUUGAAAUGGAUUUUGAUGUGUCACCUUUGGAUAAUACCAAAAGAGAAUUGACUCUGCAGGGUACAAUCCCUAUAGCAAAAGAGCAACAAUAUUUGCAAAGCAACAGCUGUGGUCCAGGCUUUGCAGAAGAAAAUACAAGUUCAGAGGAACAGGCCAUGAUAAAGACAGCUGGAAGCAGCUACCUGGCAUCUCCCAAUCUACCUGACUUUUGUGGCUGUAGUCCUGGUUGGAGCAGUGCAUUUUAUGGAGCUGAAUGUUUUGAUUCAGAAGUUCAUAGUUACUUGAAAAACCUUGGAAAGCAGAAAUCAAGUGAGUCUCAAAAUAUAGAUGCUAAAAAAGUGGAACUAGAACAAUUGCUAAUGAUGGAGACAAAAAAUUACAGAAAGACCAUAAAGUUUUACCAGAAACUAUUGCAGAAAGAAAGAAGAAGCAAAGGUCCUGAAACUAAAUCUAUGUUGCCCAAACUGAGAGGACAGCUACAAGAGAUGAAAUCAAAAGUGCAGUUUCUUGAACUGGUAAAGAAAUAUGUGCAGAUGAUGUAUGCAGAGCAGUGGGGUGUGGAAUCCUAUGUGCUGCCUACAGUCAUUCACAAUGGGAAAGGUGACACCAUGGACAUGGCACCUGUGGAUGAAUCAUCACUGCUGCUUUACUAUAACACAGAGAAACAGCAGUGUAACAAUCAAAAUGGAGUGAGAGUUCUGCAGGCCGGUACACCACUUGGUUUAAUGGCUUAUUUAUAUUCUAGAAAUGCCUUUUUAGAAGGUUAUGUACAGCAGUUUCUUUACACUUUUCGCUAUUUCUGCACACAAGAAGAAUUUUUGCAGUUUCUUCUUGAUAGAAUCAGCAGCACUUUAUCCAGUGCAAACCUGGAUCCUUCCACGUCGCUUACCAAAAUAUGUAACCGCAGUUUCUGCAUCCUGCAGGCAUGGAUUGAAGACUGUUACAGUGUAGACUUUGCAACAAAUACUGAUCUUCUGGGUACCCUAAAAGAAUUUAUUUCUUCCAAGGUUGCCUCAUUAAAUGGCUACGGGGAGCGCUUGUUGUCACUGCUGGAGGACGCCUCUGCCAGGAAAAGUGGCAGUGCUGAUCUGUGCUCUGGUGUGGGCAAAUGCAAAGAGGAGAGUGAGGAAGGCAGAAAAACAUUACAUUCCCUAUGUAAAAAGCUCUCAGAAGAUGUUUCCAGAAAGAACUUCUACUGGAAGCUAUCCAAAGGUAUGGGACCAAUUUCCCAGUACCAGAGAGAGCGACUGCAUGCAGGUUCAGCAGUUUUGCCAAAGCCCUGCUGCAGCGGUUUCACAGAGGAAUCCUCAGUCUCCUUAGCUAGAGCAGAUGAGGUGGGACCAGUUCUCUUGACUGAGUGCAGUGCCCAGGAGCUUGGUUGGCAGCUGACACUACUGCAACAGGAAGUAUUUAAUAAAUGUCAUCCAGUACACUUCCUAAAUUCCAGAGCACUUGGUGUCAAAGACAAAUGUGUUGCUGUGCCAAAGGCAGUUUCUCCUGAGACAGUUUCCCUUAAAGUCUGUAAUCUUUUUCUGUCAAAGUGCAUGCAAGACCAAUACCUUCUGCAAUUAUUGAAAAAUGCGGACAGUAUCAGCACUUGGGUUGCUGCUGAAAUUGUAACAUGUCACACAACUAAGCGGCAGGUGAGCUUGUUAUCAAAAUUUCUUCUUAUAGCAAAAUGCUGCUAUGAACAAAGAAAUUUUGCUACUGCAAUGCAAAUCCUAGCAGGCUUGGAAAACCUUAUUGUACGACAGUUGCCAGCCUGGAAAAUUCUACCUGCAAAAGUAGCUGAGAUAAUGGAGGAGCUCAAGGCUGUUGAGGUGUUUUUAAAAAGUGACAGCUUAUGUCUGAUGGAAGGAGACAGAUUCAAAACUCUUCCAACAAUUCCAUCAGCCCAUGUUUUGGCUAUGCAUGUCCAACAACUUGAAACUGGAGGAUUCACAAUGACAAAUGGAGCUCACAAGUGGACUAAACUUAGAAAUAUUGCAAAAGUUGUGAGCCAAGUUCAUGCCUUUCAAGAGAAUCCUUAUACAUAUGCACCAGAUUUCAAGCUGCAGUCUUACCUCAGACAAAGAAUAACUCGUUUUAAAGAUGCAGACAUUUCUGCCUUGGCAGCUGACAACUGUGCCAACUUCCAUCAGAUACCAGCAGAAAAACAUUCUCGAAAAAUUCAGGAUACACUGCGCAGGAUGAAAGCAACAUUUCAGUAAUUAUUUAUGUUUCAUCUGUUCUGUUCUGGGUCUAGACUGUAAAACUGGAUUAAGUUGACUUCACCUACUGGACCUACUUCCAAGAAAAUACUUAAGUGAAGCAACAUAAGAUACUUUCUCAAGUUGAAAUUAUUAUAUUUCAUAACAUGGAAUUAUAAAAUGCUGACUAAUGAAAUUUGAAUCACUGGCAACUGAAUGGCAGAUUAAAAGAAUAAAAAGAGAGAUAAAAUUAAAGAGAGUAUAGAUGAAAAGGCUUAUUAAUUUUGUUACUCUUCUUUAGCAUAAAUAAUUAAUUAGCCUGAAAACCAAUAUCUGAAAAAUACUGUGGAAAAACAUUAAAAUUCUACCUUCUGUUGCCAAGUUGGCCUAGGAGAGUUCAAAGCAUAAUUCAUUAAAUGUUGAAUCUAUUUUUAUAUAAACCCAGUACACUAAUAUCCUGUCACAUUGUGCAUAUAAUUCAGAAACACAGAUCCUCUGCUAUUCAUUAAUUGUUGGUGUGUCUUGCUUUUAUGUUGUGUAUUAUGAAAACUGCAACUGACAUAAGUAACUGGCUGUCUAUUUCUCCUACCAAGGAAGGAGAGAAAUGCUAUUGUUCAACUUUUUUUUUUUUUUGUUUGAUUUUAAAAUCAUCAGACUAACCUGUUUCCAAAUGAAAGUAAGAUCUGAAUGUAAGUAUUACCAAUGUUUUGCUCUGCUUCUGCACUCCUGGCAUUGUGAAGACAGUAAAUGUGAAAUUGCUCUUUUCCAUCUGUAUUUGGCACAAGAGUCAUUUUGCCAGUUUCUGUCUGUCUGCACAUUUGAGUAUGGCUUUUGCUUCUGAGAUUGUUUUUGUAGAUCACAGUGCUCCAGUAGCAUCCAAUAGAAGAUAACCAUGUGAAAUUUGGAUCUGCAACUUGUAAAACUGUGGUGCUAACCUAUUCAUAGAGCUUAUGACCUUCUAAAUGGCCAUGAAAUGUGUUGCUAUCGCUAGAAAAUUUGUUGAGCUACCCAGGUUUAUGGAGGGCCAGAAUGUUAAGGCUAAAAAUUAGUUUAAAAUACAAGUAUUUCUACCAGAGGGAGCAAUGGUAGUGUUGAAUGAGAAGUAGGGACGGGUAAGAAACACUUAAAUACUGUUCUGAAACUGAUUUGCUUAGAACUGUGUUAAAAAAACUAAAAAGAAAAUGUUUUGAGAGACAGGCAGAUGUGAAGUAUCUCAUCGAAUGUUAGUGAUGGAGAAGGAUAAUGAUGCAAGAAAUGGGAGUGGGUACAUGUCUGGUAUUUUGCAGUUGUACUGUUGUGUUUGACAGAAAUGCAUGUGCACAUGCUAAACUGUAGCUUUCUCAAUGUAUAAGAGGAGGGCUUCUCCUUUUCUUUGUCAGUAACAGCAAUAUUGCAUCUCAACCCUCUCUCAUCUUCCUCAGUAAAAACAUGGUGUAUCCAUAUGUUCCUUUAAAUACUCAGUUACUUUUUCUUACUAAUACAGUACUACUAACUUUUGGCUCUUAUUGGUUUAAACAUUGAAGAACUCAGUCCUCAACAGGGUUUUCUUGCUUUUGUCCUACUUUUAAUAUGAUUUAUUUUAUUUACCAUAUGUAGGUUUAACAUGUCAUUAAUUAUGUAUUCUAACUUACCCUUAGGGAAGUAAAUUGUGUUGCUAUUUCUCUAAAAAUUGUCAAAUGUGAAAACAUUUAAUAUUUACCUCCUAUCUUUAUGAUUUAAGAAUGUUAAUAAUAACUUCAGACAUACAUUUCACAUAUUUUAUCUGUAUACAUUUGUUUUAAAUAAUUGAUUUUGUUAGUAGUUAUUUGGGGUUUGUUCAAUUAAAAAUUAUCAUUUGCUUAAACCUACACCUUGCCUUUGAACAACAGUAAAAUUUUAAGUAGCAUAAGUUUUACUAAAAUACUCCACAAGACUUGCUAAUCACAUGACCUUAAUAAAUUCAUUUUAUACAGUUA